UCAGGAUUUCUACAACACUGCUUCAAGGAUGGUCAAGAUCUUCAUUGGGAACCUCCCUCGAGAGGCUGACAAGGAUGAAAUUCAGGCAUUGUUCUCACAGUACGGUGCCGUCACAGAAUGCGCCAUCGUCAAUAAUUUCGCUUUCGUCCACAUGGAUGACCGUAAGUCUGCCACCAAAGCCAUCCGCAGCCUGCACCUCUACAAGCUGCAUGGCACGGCGAUAAACGUCGGGGCUAGUCACGGGAAGAACCAGGGAGCCGUCAAACUCCACGUGACUAACGUGGAGAAAGGCAACAACGAUGAGCUCCGCACUUUGUUCGAGGAGUACGGCACAGUGUCUGAAUGUGCGAUCGUCAAAAACGUUGCGUUUGUGCACAUGGACAACUCAAAUGAGGCUUUGGAUGCCAUCAAGGGAUUAGACAACGUGGAAUUCCAGGGUAAGAUUUAUGCUGUUUAAGAAAGUUACACAUUUAGAAAUGUGGCUACUACUGCUCUUCCACCUAAUCAUGUUUUUUGGCAUUUCUCCCCCUAAUAGGGAAACGUAUCCAUGUCCAGAUAUCAAAGAGCCGUCCCAGGUAUGAGGAGGAAGAAGACUACCCCCCACCCCCACCUGAGAGGGGAGGAUACUGGCCCCCCCGUGGGUAGCCACGGGGGGGCCAGAUCUCCCACCCCCUAGCUAUCUAAGAGGUCGUCACCCACGCCCUCAUCACGGGUACCCUGCUCCACCCCCGAGACAAGCUCCUUACCAGAGCGUGCUUAUGAGCGCGAGAGGGAGAGCUAUGCUGUGGUGGAUUACUAUGAGAAAUACAGGGCUCGACCUGCCCCUCACGACCCAUACGAGCGUCGCCCCUUCCCUCCUCCCCCGUCCGCGUACUACGCCAGGGACCGCAGUCCCAUUCGUAGAGCCCCUCCUCCCACAAUGCCCCCCUCCGGUAACGGUUACUCCUAUGAGCGUUCCCGACUCUCCCCCGUCUCUCGGCCCGCGAUGUACAGCCUACCCCGUACCAGGGACCCCUACGCCGACAGGUUGCCACCGCCACCACCGGCCCGCUAUUACUAA